AUGUCGACAUACUCACAGCACUACCAGACCUACCAGGACCAGCCGCUUUUCAUCGAUCCGCAUGCAUUUGUCUAUGGUCAAUAUGACAGCCGGCGCUCGAAAACACCAACAGAUUCCCUGAUCAACCAUACUGGACUCUCGCCUGGCCCGCUUGCGACCCCACCGCCUGUGAGCCGCGGUCUGCCGCAACAACCGGAACUGCCCCAAGACCAGCCACCCGAGUAUAUGCAAUGGGAGAUUGACAGCUCUUCGACCUCUCCCACGUCUGUAAGGACGCCAGAAGGCUCUUCAUUUGAGGGAGACAUGAUCGAUUACACGCCUAACUACCACCAUAACGGCAAUACCAUGUCAUCCCACGGCUCACACCACUCCAUACCCGGGGUGGAUUCUGGCAUGUUGUUCAGCGAUCAAGCACCGGCACAUCCUCAAACCAACAUGUACAAUCAGAACUAUACUACCCAGCCACCUCGCCAUGACCCUUGGAAUGGACAAGCACCUUCGCGGUCCUCAAUGGUCCCUCGAUCCGGCCAUGUCGUUUUCGACCCUGCGAGCGAUCCGAUCAAUUACUCGGACUAUCUGGUGGAUGUGGACUCGUGGGCAGCGCAAUAUACAGACCCUUCCUCCCUGAUCUCACCUAGCGAACCCACGACAUCAUUCCAAGGUGAACUAUACUUCACCCAAGGCCAAAAUCUUCCUCAUCGCCCGUUCGACCAUGUGCCAAGAACACAACUUCCGACUCAUCAGUCCAUAGAGAUGCAAUUCACGCGCGCAUCACCACCACCCGAUCAGCAAAACUUUGUCAACUACAACGCAUCAUCUAGUCUCUUCACGGAUACUUACAUCACCAGCAACCAAUUUCCUGCCCCACCAUCGACGGCCUCAUCGACGGGCUACCACCCAAGGUCUCCGUAUCAGCCAGAAGUUAGCCCUUCCGCACCCAGUCCGGGGAGCUCCGAUGGCGUAUACUCAUCUUAUCAACAUUCCGACUCUGAGAUGAUCUUCGACCAGUAUCAGACACAGCAAUACACCCAUCUGCAACAACUGCCGCAGCUACAGCAACCACAUCAACCUUCUAUCAAGAUAGACUAUUCCACAGUCAGCGCUGUACCUGAACUGAGUUUCGAUGCAUCUCCUGAGCCAGAGUCAUCGCAGAGUGCAGCACAGAAAGCACUGGCAGCAAAGUCUGGUGGCAGAGCGUUGGGCACUCAUCUCGAGCCGACUGUUGCCAAAGCAGCGCAUGAUAUGCGUAAGAUCGUGGCAUGCUGGCAUUGUGUGUUGCAGAGAGACAAGUGUGGGCCGGGCGAUAUCUGCGAGCGUUGCUUCAAGCGAUCUCAGCGACCGAAUGCUGAUUGUGGCCUUGGAUGUAAUCGGCUGAAGCUCAUCGAUUUGUCGCCAUACUUCCUUCCUUCUCUGGUUACGCAAAUGCAUGAGGACGCAAACCUCACGCAUUUCGUGACUCAGUACAUCCAACAAUGGGGAAGUGUCGAAUUAACCGUCAUGAUGACAUGCGGCCAAGACAAUAUGCCUCGGAUGCCAGUAAAGGUGUACGAGUUCAUCCCCCGUGGCGACGCGUUGCUAGUGCAAAUCCAGUACAAGACGGAUCCUGUCACACACACGAGAGUCGCUAUCCAGAAGCAAAGCCCAGCACUAGGCAUGGUGCACAUCAACCACAACGAAGAGAAGAAAUACGACAGGUAUAUCACCGAGAUUGUCGACCAUCACCUCGACGCCUUUGGCGAGCUUUGCUGGAUGGAAGAUGACAACGACUUCCAACAGAAGCUCUUCAAGCUGAUGACGCGCGUGAAGCCAAAGUCGGACGACGAGGCAAAGCUACUCCGUGAAAUCUUCCGCCUUAUCGUGGUCACGUUCAUCAUGUCACACACACUCACCAUCGCCGAGGAAACGAAAGCCGCAACACUGUCACGCAUGCACUCGUACAGCGGCCACAACUCUUACGUCGAGAACUACACAUCGCCGCGCAUGACUAACCGACAGCUCAAAUACUUCUUCUCUCGUCUGCAACGCUCAAUUCAGACUACUGUUCUGAACAAGCUUCAGCAAAUCUUCAAAUCCUCCAAGGGCUGCGAUAAGUGGCUUGCCGCUUUUGUCGCGGUGCUAGGUAUGUGCAUGGCGCUUGAAGACCAGCAAAAGACCAUUCACCUAGUCAUGUCUACCAAGGCUACUACAGAGCGCUUAGACUUGAGAGACGCGCAGAGCCAGGCGGAUAUCGCGUGUCGUGAGAUUGAUCAGCGGAUGCACUUCGUGCAGCAGAUAUUCCGAUGGAAGUACAACCGCAAGCAUAAUCCCAUGCGCGACGCUGAUCACGACUGGGAAAAGGAGGUGGGCUUCGGAGAUGCGAGCAGUGUCAACUUCGUGAGACAAGUUGCGCAGUUGGUCAAGGAGAACAUUGAUUUCCUGCAACAACGGCAGCAGGUCAGCAUCUCAGCCGACAACCAGACGAAAUAUACGUCACGUCUUGUGGGACAGUUCUUGCUUUCCUUCUGGCUUCCUAGCGUGUAG